UACCUUUGCUCUCGCCGUAAUCUGUACCAGAACAGGUUUUUAGGCCUGGCCGCCAUGGCGUCUCCUUCUAGAAACUCCCAGAGCCGACGCCGGUGCAAGGAGCCGCUCCGAUACAGCUACAAUCCCGACCAGUUCCACAACAUGGACCUCAGGGGCGGCCCCCAUGAUGGCGUCACCAUUCCCCGCUCCACCAGCGACACCGACCUGGUCACCUCGGACAGCCGCUCCACGCUCAUGGUCAGCAGCUCCUACUACUCCAUCGGGCACUCUCAGGACCUGAUCAUCCACUGGGACAUAAAGGAGGAAGUGGACGCUGGGGACUGGAUUGGCAUGUACCUCAUUGAUGAGGUCUUGUCUGAAAACUUUCUGGACUAUAAGAACCGUGGAGUCAAUGGUUCUCAUCGGGGCCAGAUCAUCUGGAAGAUCGAUGCCAGCUCGUACUUUGUGGAACCUGAAACUAAGAUCUGCUUCAAAUACUACCAUGGAGUGAGUGGGGCCCUGCGAGCAACCACCCCCAGUGUCACGGUCAAAAACUCGGCAGCUCCUAUUUUUAAAAGCAUCGGCGCUGAUGAGACUGUCCAAGGACAAGGAAGUCGGAGGCUGAUCAGCUUCUCUCUCUCAGAUUUCCAAGCCAUGGGGUUGAAGAAAGGGAUGUUUUUCAACCCAGACCCUUAUCUGAAGAUUUCCAUUCAGCCUGGGAAGCACAGCAUCUUCCCCGCCCUCCCUCACCAUGGACAGGAGAGGAGAUCCAAGAUCAUAGGCAACACCGUGAACCCCAUCUGGCAGGCCGAGCAAUUCAGUUUUGUGUCCUUGCCCACUGACGUGCUGGAAAUUGAGGUGAAGGACAAGUUUGCCAAGAGCCGUCCCAUCAUCAAGCGCUUCUUGGGAAAGCUGUCAAUGCCAGUUCAAAGACUCCUGGAGAGACACGCCAUAGGGGAUAGGGUGGUCAGCUACACACUUGGCCGCAGGCUUCCAACGGAUCAUGUGAGUGGACAGCUGCAAUUCCGAUUUGAGAUCACUUCCUCCAUCCACCCAGAUGACGAGGAGAUUUCCCUGAGCACUGAGCCUGAGUCAGCCCCCAUUCAGGACAGCCCCAUGAACAACCUGAUGGAAAGCAGCAGUGGGGAACCUCGAUCUGAGGCACCGGAGUCCUCUGAGAGCUGGAAGCCAGAGCAGCUGGAUGAGGGCAGUGUCCUGGAUGGUCCAGGGAACCAAAGCAUGGAGCUUUCCAGACCUGCUGAGGAAGCAGCAGUCAUCAGGGAGGCAGGAGACCAGGGCAUGGUCUCUGUAGGACCUGAAGGGGUUGGGGACCUCCUGGCCCAGGUGCAAAAGGACAUCCAGCCUGCCCCCAGUGCAGAAGAGCUGGCCGAGCAGCUGGACCUGGGUGAGGAGGCGUCAGCACUGCUGCUGGAAGACGGUGAAGCACCAGCCAGUACCGAGGAGGAGCCCUUAGAGGAGGAAGCAACGACACAGAGCCGGGCUGGAAGGGAAGAAGAGAAGGAGCAGGAGGAGGAGGAGGGAGAUGUGUCCACCCUGGAGCAGGGAGAGGGCAGGCUGCAGCUGCGGGCCUCGGUGAAGAGAAAAAGCAGGCCCUGCUCCUUGCCUGUGUCUGAGCUGGAGACAGUGAUCGCGUCAGCCUGCGGGGACCCCGAGACCCCGCGGACACACUACAUCCGCAUCCACACCCUGCUGCACAGCAUGCCCUCGGCCCACGGCGGCAGCGCGGCAGAGGAGGAGGACGGCGCGGAGGAGGAGUCUACCCUCAAGGACUCCUCGGAGAAGGAUGGGCUCAGCGAGGUGGACACGGUGGCCGCUGACCCGUCUGCCCUGGAAGAGGACAGAGAAGAGCCCGAGGGGGCUACUCCAGGCAUGGCGCACCCUGGCCACUCCGGGGGCCACUUCUCCAGCCUGGCCAAUGGCGCGGCCCAGGAUGGCGACACGCACCCCAGCACCGGCAGCGAGAGCGACUCCAGCCCCAGGCAAGGCGGGGACCACAGUUGCGAGGGCUGUGACGCGUCCUGCUGCAGCCCCUCGUGCUACAGCUCCUCGUGCUACAGCACGUCCUGCUACAGCAGCUCAUGCUACAGCGCCUCCUGCUACAGCCCCUCCUGCUACAACGGCAACAGGUUCGCCAGCCACACGCGCUUCUCCUCCGUAGACAGCGCCAAGAUCUCCGAGAGCACCGUCUUCUCCUCGCAAGAUGACGAGGAGGAGGAGAACAGCGCGUUCGAGUCGGUGCCCGACUCCAUGCAGAGCCCUGAGCUGGACCCGGAGUCCACGAACGGCGCUGGGCCGUGGCAAGACGAGCUGGCCGCCCCUAGCGGGCACGUGGAAAGAACCCCGGAAGGUCUGGAAUCCCCCGUGGCAGGUCCAAGCAAUCGGAGAGAAGGUGAAUGUCCUAUACUCCAUAAUUCCCAGCCAGUAAGCCAGCUUCCUUCCCUGAGGCCUGAACAUCAUCACUACCCAACAAUCGAUGAGCCUCUUCCACCAAACUGGGAAGCUCGAAUUGACAGCCAUGGGCGGGUCUUUUAUGUGGACCACGUGAACCGCACAACCACCUGGCAGCGUCCGACGGCGGCAGCCACCCCGGAUGGCAUGCGGAGAUCGGGGUCCAUCCAGCAGAUGGAGCAACUCAACAGGCGGUAUCAAAACAUUCAGCGAACCAUUGCAACAGAGAGGUCGGAAGAAGAUUCUGGCAGCCAAAGUUGCGAGCAAGCCCCAGCAGGAGGAGGCGGAGGUGGAGGGAGUGACUCAGAAGCCGAAUCUUCCCAGUCCAGCUUAGAUCUAAGGAGAGAAGGGUCACUUUCUCCGGUUAACUCACAAAAAAUCACCUUGCUGCUGCAGUCCCCAGCGGUCAAGUUCAUCACCAACCCCGAGUUCUUCACUGUGCUGCAUGCCAAUUAUAGUGCCUACCGAGUCUUCACCAGUAGCACCUGCUUAAAGCACAUGAUUCUGAAAGUCCGACGGGAUGCUCGCAAUUUUGAACGCUACCAGCACAACCGGGACUUGGUGAAUUUCAUCAACAUGUUCGCAGACACUCGGCUGGAACUGCCCCGGGGCUGGGAGAUCAAAACGGACCAGCAGGGAAAGUCUUUUUUCGUGGACCACAACAGUCGAGCUACCACUUUCAUUGACCCCCGAAUCCCUCUUCAGAACGGUCGUCUUCCCAAUCAUCUAACUCACCGACAGCACCUCCAGAGGCUCCGAAGUUACAGCGCUGGAGAGAGGGAGAAAAUCCAUUACAUUCGGACUGAGGGUAAUCACGGGCUUGAGAAGUUGUCCUGUGAUGCAGAUCUGGUCAUUUUGCUGAGUCUCUUUGAAGAAGAGAUUAUGUCCUACGUCCCCCUGCAGGCUGCCUUCCACCCUGGGUAUAGCUUCUCUCCUCGCUGUUCACCCUGUUCUUCACCUCAGAACUCCCCAGGUUUACAGAGAGCCAGCGCAAGAGCCCCUUCCCCCUACCGGAGAGACUUUGAGGCCAAGCUCCGCAAUUUCUACAGAAAACUGGAAGCCAAAGGAUUUGGUCAGGGUCCAGGGAAAAUUAAGCUUAUUAUUCGCCGGGAUCAUUUGUUGGAGGGAACCUUCAAUCAAGUGAUGGCCUAUUCGCGGAAAGAGCUCCAGCGAAACAAGCUCUACGUCACCUUUGUUGGAGAGGAGGGCCUGGACUACAGUGGCCCCUCGCGGGAGUUCUUCUUCCUUCUGUCUCAGGAGCUCUUCAACCCUUACUAUGGACUCUUUGAGUACUCGGCAAAUGAUACUUACACGGUGCAGAUCAGCCCCAUGUCCGCAUUUGUAGAAAACCAUCUUGAGUGGUUCAGGUUUAGCGGUCGCAUCCUGGGCCUGGCUCUGAUCCAUCAGUACCUUCUUGACGCUUUCUUCACGAGGCCCUUCUACAAGGCACUCCUGAGACUGCCCUGUGAUUUGAGUGACCUGGAAUAUUUGGAUGAGGAAUUCCACCAGAGCUUGCAGUGGAUGAAGGACAACAACAUCACAGACAUCCUAGACCUCACUUUCACUGUUAAUGAAGAAGUUUUUGGACAGGUCACGGAAAGGGAGUUGAAGUCUGGAGGAGCCAACACACAGGUGACGGAGAAGAACAAGAAGGAGUACAUCGAGCGCAUGGUGAAGUGGCGGGUGGAACGCGGCGUGGUACAGCAGACGGAGGCGCUGGUGCGCGGUUUCUACGAGGUUGUAGACUCAAGGCUGGUGUCCGUGUUUGAUGCCAGGGAGCUGGAGCUGGUGAUAGCUGGCACCGCGGAAAUCGACCUAAAUGACUGGCGGAAUAACACCGAGUACCGGGGAGGUUACCACGAUGGGCAUCUUGUAAUCCGCUGGUUCUGGGCCGCAGUGGAGCGCUUCAAUAAUGAGCAGAGGCUGAGAUUACUGCAGUUUGUCACGGGAACAUCCAGCGUGCCCUACGAAGGCUUCGCAGCCCUCCGUGGGAGCAAUGGGCUUCGGCGCUUCUGCAUAGAGAAAUGGGGGAAAAUUACCUCUCUCCCCAGGGCACACACAUGCUUCAACCGACUGGAUCUUCCACCGUAUCCCUCGUACUCCAUGUUGUAUGAAAAGCUGUUAACAGCAGUAGAGGAAACCAGCACCUUUGGACUUGAGUGAGGACAUGGAACCUCGCCUGACAUUUUCCUGGCCAGUGACAUCACCCUUCCUGGGAUGAUCCCUUUUCCCUUUCCCUUAAUCAACUCUCCUUUGAUUUUGGUAUUCCAUGAUUUUUUAUUUUCAAACCAAAUCAGGAUUGACAAAAGCUGUGCAUGAAGAACUGCCUUCUUCUAAGAUCUAACCUUCAGGCUUCUCUCCUCUGUUUUCAAUGAACUGCUAGCCUGUAUGCAAUAUUAAAAAACAGCUG